GAGAAUUGAGUAACGUAAAAUCCAGAUAUAGUGAUCGAAAACCUCUAUAUAAAGCCCUGUUUGGUCUGUGGAUUUCCCACCAAAAUCAUAAUCUGCAGCAAUGGCGAAAAGUAGGAUUCUUGUGGUCGGCGGAACAGGGUACAUGGGGAGGAGGUUUGUGAAAGCGAGCCUGGCGGAGGGCCACCCUACUUACAUUCUCCGGCGGCCGGAGAUCGGCCUCGACAUCGACAAGUUGCAGCUUCUGCUGGAGUUCAAGCGGCAGGGGGCGCGGCUCAUCGACGGCUCCUUUUCCGAUCACCGGAGCCUGGUGGAAGCCGUGAAGCUAGUUGAUGUGGUGAUUUGCGCCAUGUCGGGGGUGCAUUUCCGGAGCCACAACCUGUUGCUGCAGCUAAAGCUUGUUCGCGCCAUUGAAGAAGCCGGAAAUAUCAAGCGUUUCCUGCCCUCGGAGUUCGGUAUCGAUCCUGCACGAAUGGAAAACGCCCUUGAGCCAGGAAGAGUGACAUUUGAUGAGAAAAUGACUGUGAGGAAGGCAAUUCAGGAAGCCAACAUUCCUCACACUUAUGUGUCUGCCAACUGUUUUGCUGGAUACUUCGUCGGCAACCUCUGCCAGAUGGGAACUCUACUUCCUCCAAAGCACAAAGUCAACAUCUAUGGAGAUGGGAAUGUUAAAGUGGUGUUCAUGGAUGAAGACGAUGUAGCAACGUACACAAUUAAGUCCAUAGACGACCCUCGCACGUUGAACAAGACACUUUACCUGCGGCCACCAGAAAACGUUCUAAGUCAAAGUGAGUUGGUCGAAAAAUGGGAGAAGCUUACAGGAAAGACCCUGGAGAAGAUCAGCAUACCUGGAGAAGACUUUUUAGCUCUGCUUAAAGGAGCCGACUUUGCUGAGCAAGUCGGAAUAGGCCAUUUCUACCACAUUUUCUACGAGGGCUGCUUGACGAACUUUGAAAUAGGGGAAAAUGGGGAGGAAGCUUCAAAGCUUUAUCCGGAAGUUGAGUACACGCGCAUGCACGAAUACUUGAACCGCUACCUUGAUUUCUGAAAUUCAUGCACCUAAGUUUCUACUUAUUAUGUAUACUGCAGUACUAUCUGCAAACUAUUGUCUUGGUGAUGAACAAAGUGACUUGAUUGUCAUAAAUGUUCGUUUCGCCAAUUGUUGUUGCAUCUUUAUACUGGGAAAAGUUUGGUGCAACUGUGGAUGUCAGUGUGUCAAUAAUUUCAAAUAAGAACGUGAAAGUUCUCUGGGAA